AGCGAUGGAGGGUCCUGAGGGCAGCUGAAACACCGUCUUGGAGUGACUGUCGUGACAAUGUCACACGAAGGCUCGAGGCAGGCGCGAGACCGUGGGGUGACCCGAUCCAAGGCAGAAAAAGCCCGGCCACCCACCCAGCCGGUGCCGCAGGUGGACAUCGUGCCUGGGCGGCUCAAUGAGGCAGAAUGGAUUGCGUUUAUGUCACUGGAGGAGGGCGAGGACAUAGUGGGUGACAUCUUGGCCGACCUUGUGACUCGAGUUAUGGAGUGUGCCUUCAAAGUCUAUCUGACCCAGCAGUGCGUUCCAUUCACCAUUAGCCAGGCUCGAGAGGCCAUGCUGCAGAUCACUGAGUGGCGCUUCCUGGCCCGAGAUGAGGGAGAAUCUGCAGUGGCUGAGGACCCCACGUGGGGCGAGGAUGAGGAGCCCCUGGCAUGCACCACGGAUGCCUGGGCCCAGGGCUCCGUGCCUGUACUGCACGCACCGGCGCCCGUUGGUGUAGAGGAGCACUUCCACAACGAAGAACCUGGGAACCCGGACCAGUUCCUUAUAGGUUCAUCGUGGUUGGGCGGAGAGACCCAGGAGCCGACACAAUCUUCAGAACCUUCUGCCGAGCCUAGAGUCACCCCGACACCCACGCCCGCCAUGGAGGUGUUUGAGGAAGCUGAGCCUCGGGAUGCGUUGGAAGUACCCCACAGCCGGGAGAGUAUCUUGACUGUGCCCUCGAAGGAGUCUUUACGACCUACUCUGGAAGUCCAGACCGUCCACAGCCCCCAGCUUUCUCCGAAGCUGUCCCAAGUAGUCAGUCUGCAGACCUGUGAGAGGACGGGCUCAUCCUUCGGUUCACACCUGUCGCUGCAGGAUCUUUACCACUGCGUGCCCCAGCCAGACGCCGCGGGGGACCGGCUGAACUUGAAGAACAAGGGCCAGCUCGGCCGCUCCUCGAUAGGGUCGGCAGAUAGGUCCCUUCUCGAUGUGCCCACGCCGGAUGGGCCCUCCCCGUUUCUGCAGCCUGGAGGAAUGGAACGGCGGCCAAGCCACAAGACGCCCACGAUGCGCCUGGAUCCCUCACGGCUGCCCCGCCACUGGGUGCGCCCCGUGGCCGAGGUCCUGAUCCCAGACCAAGAAGCGCGCCCUUUGGAAAUAUAUCGCGUGCGUCCGCGGAAGAGCCAACUUGGGGCCUCAGCAAGCGAGUCCCAAGCCCUCGGCUCACGUACGCACUCCAAACUCCAGGUCUCUUUCCCAAGUUUCCCUCUCAAGCGUUGCGCUACAUUCCGUUCUUCCGGCCCGGAUCCCACUUUAAACUUGGCCCAAUCCUCACCAUCCUUCGGGUCAAACCUGCCAUUCCUCAGCCCCGGGUUCCGCUUCCUCGCUAGAAACCUAGUCCCUCCCGACGUCGCCAGUGCUCCGAGCCCCAAACUAUGGCCCCGAGCUAAGUGGCCAAGCGGUUGGGAGCGGGAGGCGGAGCAGCUGGGAGAGCUGUGGGCGGGACGGACUCGAGUGCCUCCACAGGGCCAGGAACCUGUGGAAGACUCUGUCUCAGAGGACUCUGGAUGGCCCCUAGCGGUGCCCCAGGUCCUCGAGGCUACGUCCCAGGUGCUGUGGAAGCCCAUGGUUAUUUCAGAAAACAUGAAGCUGGUUCCUGGUGUGAGUAUGUGGAACCGGGGCACCCAGGAGCUGCUCAACCCUGCUGCCAUCCAGGAGGAGGCUGAAGAAGGCACCCCUCAGGCGCCUGAGCAGCAACCCAUCCAGACAGGUGUGUCCAAGCCUCAGGUGAUUAUGAAACAGCUAAGGAACGAGACCCCCAAAGCCUGGCUGCUCCCCACCAAGCCUGUGCCCCACUCUGGGUCCUGAGCCUCCACACUGGGAACAGAACCUUGCUCAAAAUAAACGCGUUGCGGCAGGAACUGACUGA